UGCAAUCGACGUAGCUAUGGACUCUCCCACUGCUCCUGGCCGCUAGUACGCAUGCGCCAGCUCUGGGCUGAAGGAGCCAACAUGUCGCUCGAAGACCCGUUCUUCGUAGUCAAGGGGGAGGUCCAGAAGGCUCUGUCUCGUGCCAGAAGCCUGUACGAACGCUGGGAGGAGUUGCUGCAGGAGGGCAGUCAGGUAAGCAAAGAUGAGUUGGACUGGAGCACCAAUGAGCUGAGGAACUGUCUCCGAGCCAUUGACUGGGAUUUGGAGGACCUUAGUGAAACCAUCAGCAUCGUCGAGUCCAACCCGGGGAAGUUCCGUCUGGGAGAGAAUGAGCUGCAGGAGAGGAGAGACUUUGUGGAGCGAACACGACAGUCUGUACAGGAGAUGAAGGAGCAGCUGUCCAGUCCCUCUGUGGUGGCUCUGUCUGAGAAGAGGAAUAGGCAGGCUCUGAUGGGGGUGACUGUGCAGGACAAGUCUGAUGGCCUAGAGCCUCACCUAGUGUCAGCUAACUCCAGGUACAUCCAGGAGCAACAGGAACAGCAGCAGUUAAUAAUGCAGGAUCAGGAUGACCAUUUGGAGCUGGUGACAGGAAGCAUUAGAGUCCUGAAAGACAUGUCUGGACGCAUCGGGGAUGAACUAGACGACCAGGCAGUUAUGUUGGGGGAGUUUGGAGAGGAAAUGGACCAGACCAGUUCUAGGAUGGACUCUGUCCUCAAGAAGAUGGAGAAAGUUUCCCACAUGACCAGCAGUCGGAGACAGUGGUGUGCCAUCGGAGGGCUGGUGGUGAUCAUGAUCGUGGUCCUCAUCCUGUUCUUCGCCCUCUGACCUCUCCUCCUAACCCCUUCCCCCACUCCCUCCCUGGGAUGACGAGGGAGAAAGAGUGACCCUCAUCCUCAUGGCAAAGGGGAAUAUUCAGCCUCUGAAAAAUCUGUUAGUCAUUACUUGACCCCCCCCCCCCCCCCCCCACCGCCACCACUCUAAUUUCUUUUUCUCUCCUCAUGUCGGCAUGCUCCUGCUCAUGUCUCCCCUCGUGGCCCCUGACAGAGGAGGGUCAUAAACGUUGCAUUGUUUUACGUGGUCAGGCGAAGUUCGGACGUACAUUUUAUGAUUUUAAUGCGUGAAUUACGGUACAGACCUUGAAGCGUUCGGGACGUGGGAGCGAUGGUGGGGGUGUAAGAGUUGCCUUAACUAUUUUUUAUAUGUCUAUGAGAUAAUGGGAUAUGGGCCUCUUUGCAGGAGGUGUGCCUAUAAUUAAGACAGCCUCUUCCUACAGAGUAGGAGUAAGUUACAGCGGUCUAGACACAGAUCUGAGCUUGGUGUCUUUCACCCCACGGUUAUCUUUUCUUUUACCAUGUGAGAAUCAGAUUGUAAAUCAGUGAUAAUGGAGAAAUUCUACCUUUUAGCCAGAUUGUCCAUACCAUUAGAUUACCAUAGGAGGUAGUAGUUACCCGUAAACACUGAUUUAAGGUCAGUUUCUAUGUGAUUAGCCCUAAUGGUUAUGGCUAGAUGGGAGGUAUCUGCUCUGUGUUCAGCAGAAACGGCUAGCCUAUUGAGAUCGCUUUGCCAUAGCAACAGUCAGAGUUCUAUGUUGCUGGGCAGGAAGUAGCAGCACAAUAGAUUACCUGGGGCUACGUUGCCCCCUUGUGGACAUCCAUGUUCAUGUCCAUGUAAAUGCACAAUGUCAGUUGCCAAUCUCACAUCACAGACAAUAUUGUGUAAAUAAAUAUGAAAUGUAAUGCUUUUAUUUUCUUUUCUACUUCCUGCUCACAAGCUUUACAUUGUUGGAUGUAGAGGUAUUUGGCCAUUGCAUUUUCCCUGUGCUUGUGCCUCAAGACAAGACCCACGCCUCUCUGUGAGGGAGGUGAUGGUGCUGCCUGUUGUCGUUUGGUCAAAAGUGCCCCCGUGGUCUGGCUGGUACCGUUGAUUUAAUCUGAUAGUUAAUGGUUGGCUGACUGCCAAGUACCGAUAGCCACUCCGAUGCUGUUCCCUUUUUUGUUGCCUGUGUUCUGUUUGGAAAAGAUGUCACUCCCAUGUGGAAACCUCACUGCUGGAUUUCCUCCAUAUCAUGUUCUCCAAACGCCCUUGCGUUACAAAAGCUUUAUAAGGAACACUCAGGGUUGGUUGACUUCUACAGUUCAAAACCUUCACGGUGCGUCUUUGUCUUCCUUCCGUGAGGAAAUGGCUGUGAUCUAACCAGACCUGGUUGGUGGAAAGUACUUUGCUUUUACCUAUUCAACACUGCCAUGGCAGUGAUUUAUUACCAGUACGAUUGCAUUAGAAGGUUUUGAACAGGCCCUUAUUAGGCUGUAAGAGGAAGUUGAUUUCACCAGUGUCAGCGAUGAGUGUUUCUCUUGGUAUGAAAAUGAUUGGUGCGUUUAGUCGCUCGCUGCCACGUAUGGAGAUUGUGUGGAGUAAAUAACAUGUCGGACAAAAUGGCUGCCUUGCUCCGGUGUUUGCUUACAUUGCAAACCUGCGGUGUGUUUAUUCUGCCAAACAAAAUGUCAACAACGAAAUGGGGAUAAACCAACCUUUGUCCAAGAGAAGUUUGUUUGGCAGAAUUAAUAAAUUCCUGUUAAUUUGUCCAUGUUUUUUUUCUUCUUUUUACUGUAUAUUUUGUUUUCAUACCCUUUUUUCUAUUACAAGCUGCAGUUGAAAUUACUGAAAUCUUUUUUUUUUAUUGACCCGAUGGCACCUGGUUUAGGUUCACCAUUCACCCCAUGCAUUCUUCAUAAGUUCUAUUGGUCUCCUAAAGAACACCAAUAGAACCAUCCCUAGAACCAACACCUGGCACACACCGUGUUGGUGUCUCCUCUUGACAGGAGAGGUUAUGGGGUCACUGAGAUUGGCUGGGGGCCAUUUAAAAAAACAAACUUUGUGCUGUCACAUUGUCAGUCCGCUCAACACCGCUUCAGAUGCUAAGAAGACGCUCCACUCUUUUUUUGUAAAUGUAUACUGAAACUGUAUAUAAUAAAUCAAUGUGUUGUAUUUUA